AUUUGAAUAUUUUUGUUUAAUUAUUUGAUAGCUGAUAUAAAAUGUUCUAAAUAGCUUAUUUAAAUAGUUGAGCGUGAGAAAAGAAAAUCGAAUAGGCAUAAUGGGAAAUGUUUGCCGCAAAAAGAAACGAAAAUCUCCAAAAAUUCAACCUCGUGGAAGGAUUCUUAAAAAAGUGACUGAAAUUCCACCCAUUGGAGUGACUUCAAAAAAAAUGAUUGAAAUUCCACCUCAAUUUAUUCCUAAAAUUGAAAUUCCACCUCAAUUUAUUCCUAAAAUUGAAAUAGAGGAGAAAUCUUUGCCAUUAAUUGACGAACGAAAAUCUAAAGUAGAGAAAACAAAAGUGAAAGAAAUUGAGAAAAAAAUGGCUGAAAAGAUCGAAAUGGAUUCUAUAUUAGACGGCAAAUAUUCAUCGGCACUUGACUCAGAAUCAAUUAUAUCCUCUUAUUCAACAUCGAAAUAUGAAUCACAAAUCGAUAGUCCUUUAAGUGGUUUCGAUGAUGCACCAGAAUCUCGAAUGUUUAAUGAUAUCUCAUCAUAUAUCUUUUCGGAUGAUGCAUCUGUAUUGUCUUCAUCUGUCGAUAAAAAUCAUUCUAUAAGUUUUUUAAGUAAAUCAAAUGAUGAUGAGCAAGGAAAAUUGAUGAACAAAAAAAAUCAUCCCAUAAAACAAAUCAAACAGUCGUCCGAUCGAAAAAAUGAACCAAAAAAAGAUUCUAAUCAUAGACCCGUAAUAAAGAAGAAAUUGCCCAUAAUGGAUCCACCACUUCAGAGGGAUUCAUUGAGAAUGUGUAAAACAAAGUUUUCCAAAUGGAGAAAACCGGAUGAAUCCAUAAACAAAAAAUAAUACUUUUUAAUUGAAUAAAAUUCGAAUUAAAUUACCGUUUAUUCACAGUUUUC